AGGGGCUCGCGUCUCAGUACGCAUGCUUGGAGAGUUCGGCCGCGGAGUUGGAGGAGCGCUUCAACCUCUCUCUCCCAAAGACUUCCGGGGCGGAGAGAAGGCCGGAAGCACACCGAGUGGCGCGUACUUAAUCUCCUUUGGCGGAGCGCUUCAUCUCUCGCCUGGUGAACUGAUAGAUGUUUGUGUAGGAUAGCUUAUCUCUGGUCGCACUCCACGGGGCUAGAAUUUGGCCUAGGGGAAAUCUGACCCCAAUGAGCAGGUGGGAGAUAGCUCCCCACGGCAGCUCGUCCAUUUACUCAAGCUCUUCUGUUCCCUCUACAGACUGUCGUAACCUUUUACUGCACACCUUCUCUAGUCGCCUUGUUUUUAUCCCUUUUCAGAGGCAGUUCCUCCCGCCCCGCCCCUCCCUCCUGCAAUUAUGUAUGAUCGGGCUCCCCGCUUGCUCAGAUUGUCUGAAGGUGGCAGCACUGAGGAGCAUGUGGGUCCUGGGUCCUACCAGAUACCUUUCCUGAAGCGGCAGGCAACAGGUGGCUAUGCACCAUUCCUUUCUUUGGCUGCCAGAGACAGUACUUUUACUGUUGCUUCUAACACUGAGAAAGCUGUUCCAGGUCCAGGACACUAUAAUGUUUCAGAAGCACAGUAUAAUAUAAAAGGAGGCCAUAGUCUACAAAACCGGGAGGAGCGUUUUAAGAAGUUUGUUUCAGAUAGUCCAGGACCAGCAAGCUAUGAUCAGUUUUAUCAUGGAGCAUCAGAUAUCAUGAAUAGAAAAGCACUACAGGUUAAAGAGCAUCUUCAAUCAAAGUUUUCAAGGUCACCUACAGUUUCCAGAAGUGUUGAUGUUCCUUCGAUUCCUUCUUGUGGACGAUCAUAUGGAUAUGAUAUUAAUGAGGAUGGCAGUAUUAUAAAACAUUUUCCACCUGCUAGUGACAGCACACUAGGUCCAGCAUACUAUAAACCUCAAUUUGAUUUUUCCAAUGCAACUUUGAAAUAUAAGGGGAUACAUUUUGGCAACUCUUUGGGAAGACUCCAGUUUCCUAUGAAGUCAGGGCCUGGUCCUGGGCAGUAUGAUAUAGUCCAGAAAAAGACACCUCAUUAUGAAAAUAUUAAUAUCAAGAAAGAUCAACAGCAAAAUCAUUGCUUAUAUCUCCCACGAUUUUAUGAAGUAAUAAUACAGCAGGAGGAAAAAAAGGGAGUACCGGGGCCUGGAAAAUAUGACAUUAAAAGUCAAUUUCAGAAGACUCAAAGUAUGAUACCAAGCGUAAAUGAUGCAUCACCUGCUUUUCUUUCUCAGUCCCAGAGAUUUGUACCUAUGAAAUCAAUCACCCCAGCUCCUGGCACAUAUAAUGAAUCUCGAACUGCUUUCAAUUCCUUGAAGAAAACACCAGGACUGAAAAAUACCCCAUUUGGUCAGAGUGCUCCUCGAUUUACACAGGACUCCAGGACAGAGGAAAUGCCAGGUCCUGGGUUUUAUAAUAUCCUAAACAAUACUAUGAUUGACAACAUUAGCAAUACCUACUUGAAGAAAAAAAAGAAAAGUGCAUUUGGUUCUUCUGUUCCUCGGACUCUCUUGCUGGUUCAGAAAGAAGCUUUUACUUCUCCUGGUCCUGCCGAUUAUCAGGUUGGUGGAGUUUCUGAUGAAUUACCUAACUUGACUAACCGAUAUGCUGCUAUUUUGUCAAGACCAGAAAAACCUACUAAACUGUCAGAUAUGGACAUUCCAGCACCUGGCAGCUAUGAUGUUCAAAAAUCAUAUGAGAUGUCCCAAGUUCAACAUAAAUACAUGCCACCUCGUAGUUUUGCGGCUAAGCUGAAACAUACCUUCUUUCUUAGCACAGCUCCUCGGUGCCUGGAGAAAAUGACUGAUGGGCCAGGACCUGCAGCAUACAAUCCUGUUUUAAGGAAAUCUUGCUCCAUACCCUUAUUUGUUAAGGCAUCAAAGCGUUUUAAAGAUUCCAAAGAGAUUACUCCUGGUCCAGCUACAUAUGAGCUCAGUCCAUUUUUAAGACAUUCUGUUCUGAAGAGGACAUUCAAUGUCACUCUACCAAAUCCUUCCCUGAUCAAGAGAGAAAACACUUUUACUACAGGACAAAAAACCAAACAAAAACGCUCAGGAAGCAAAGUAAAAUCUUCUAAAUGAUAUAUUCUAAAGGUAUUAUCUAUUAAUAUAAAGGUAAGCUGACAGUUCUUUCACAAAGAAGUAAUUCCAUUUUGAUGAUGCCUUCCAUCAGCUACUCAAAGGAACAUAAUUGCUCUUCUAACCUCAAGAGAUAGAAAAAUCUGUUCUUGCAAGACAUUUAAUUCUCUAUUUUUUUUUCUCAAAAUUUUCAUAUUACAAUAGUGGUAUAUAUAUUCACUGAAUUCUUUCUCAAUAUAUAUUACUAGUGCUUCCGUAUAAAAUACAAUGCUGUAUUUUAUAAAGACAUCUGAAAACCCUUUCUUUUUAACUUUAGAAUCUCAUUCUCUAACCAGAGAAUGCAAUUAUUUUCCAGAUACUAGGUGUGCUGAAAAUAAGUACAUGAUGUUAUUAUGUGUGUGUUAUCCACUUGACUUAUUUUCUUACUCGUCAGUUCUCUGAAAUUAUAAAAGUGGAGAAUAAAAAUCACAAAAAAAAAUGACUUACUUUGUGUAUGCUUUAGUUGGUGUGAAUUUCAUGUACAGAUAGGAGAUCAAGAAAAAUUGAUUAAAUUGUGGUGAUACAUUUACUUCUCUUUAACAGCCUACAUAUUUGGGGAAGAUGGGUAACCUUAAAUAUUUAAGUCCCAAAAUUUGGGGGUUAGUGGUCUGGUUCUAACAUGGUCUUGAAAAACAAGUGAGAGAUAAGAAUUAGAUCAAUGAUUUUUAAUUUGGGAGGGAGGGUAGCAUAAGCUCCUUUGGAAUUUUGAUAAAAGCUAUGGAAACAUCUUUGAUAAAAAUAACCUAAAUUUAGCAUAAUUUCAAGGGAUUCAAGCACCCUUGGACUCUUUCAACGCAUUCUGGUUUAAGA